AUGGUCUGGGACGGACGACGGCCCAAGACGACGGCAACUCGGCAACUGGGGUUUAGAAUGUCCCGCACGCGGUCUGUCGCGCGAUCCGACGUGGCCGAAAAUGACGAUAACAUAUACAAUAUUCGUUCCCGACCGGCGCUACCUGAACGGUUCGGUGGCAGAUCCACAGUGCCAGAGCAAGCAGAUGAGAACCCCAGUUUGCAACAACCCGGCGACUUCAAAGAGAAGCAGAUUUUCAAAGGCAGAGUACUUCUAUGGCUGUCUUAUCAAUCGAUUGGCGUCAUCUACGGUGAUAUCGGAACCAGUCCGCUCUAUGUCUACUCAUCAACGUUCAGUUCGGCACCAUCAAAACGGGACCUCGUGGGCAUGAAUAUCACGCACCGCGAUCCGAGGGAAGCCUCACUAGUCCGGAUGAAACGAUACUUAUCAGGCGACCUCGAACGUGCCGGUCAAAGAGUACGACAUCGUAUCGAAACUAGCAAGUUUGCCAAAGAGCUAUUGAAGGUUGUGGGAGUAUUGGCAGUGACGAUGGUUCUUUCCGACGGCCUACUUACCCCAGCACAGUCAGUAUUAGGAGCCGUUCAAGGUAUUAAAGUUGUACAGCCUAACAUCUCCAAAGGCACCGUGAUUGGUGUCACUGAUGCUAUUUUGGUUUUGUUAUUUUCCAUUCAGCCGCUCGGAAUAACAAAGAUUUCCUAUGCAUUCUCGCCAAUCAUUAUCAUCUGGCUCGGCUUUAAUGCAGUUUUUGGUAUCUACAAUAUUGUCCGGUACGAUGCAAGCGUUUUUCAAGCGUUCAACCCCGCUCUUGCGUUUGAUUUCUUAGCCCGUCAUGGUGAGCAGGGAUGGAGAAUGCUUGGCGGUGUUCUCCUGGCGUUCACUGGUGUGGAGGCCCUCUUUGCAGAUCUUGGAGCUUUUAGCCGAAGGGCCAUCCAGAUAAGCUGGCUAUGCUACACGUUCCCAUGCAUUUUGUUGGCAUAUAUUGGGCAAGCAGCAUAUAUCAGUGUCCACCCCGAUGCAUAUUCGAAUCCUUUUUUCAAUGCCGUUCCAUCCGGCACAAUCUACCCGUCCCUGGUGAUUGCAAUUCUUGCUGCCAUUGUUGCGUCGCAGGCCAUCAUAACAGCAACUUUUCAACUGCUCGCACAGGUGAUGAAACUUUCGUACUUCCCUCAGAUCAAAGUCGUCCACACUUCCCGCAUCUUCCAUGGGCAACUUUAUAUUCCAAUCGCGAACUGGCUGCUGAUGAUUGGAACGAUUUUGGUGGCAUCAAUCUAUAAUAACACGACGUCGCUUGGAAAUGCAUAUGGAGUCUGUGUCAUGUUCGUGACGUUCUUUGACACGUGCAUGGUCUCCCUAGCAGCUAUGUUUGUGUGGCGAAUUAGCCCCUAUCUCGUCUUUCUCCCGUGGCUUAUAAUCGCAUGUUUGGAUGGCACCUAUCUAUCCUCAGCGCUCACCAAAGUCCCUUCAGGUGCCUGGUUCACUAUCGUACUCAGCUCAUUACUUGCUAUGGUCUUUCUUUUGUGGCGAUAUGGCAAAGAGCAGCAAUGGUUUGCUGAAUCCGAGGAUCGUUUUCCUACGUCACACUUCGUGACAACUGAUUCGGACGGUCAAAUGCGACUCAGUAACCAAUAUGGCAGCAGUCCCAUCAAUUCCAGCCGCGGCCUCGGAAUUUUCUUUGAUAAGGCUGGCGAGACUACCCCGAUAGUAUUCAGCCAGUUCGUCCUCAAGCUUACGUCAAUACCGGAAGUUACUGUAUUCUUUCACUUGCGACCCCUUGAGAUGCCUUCAGUGGCCCCUGAAAACCGACAUUCGGUUUCUCGACUUUCUAUCCCAAAUUGCUAUCGGCUUGUUGUCCGAUAUGGAUACAAUGACGUGAUCAUCGCACCCAAUCUGGCAAGCAUCAUUGUUGAUCAAAUCCGGAGACAUUUAUCAUCGGAGGAGGCGUCACAACAGCCGGUUCCGUCAUUGCCUAUCGAGGCAGUCACAGAUGAGAAUUCCAAUCGUCGCCCCUCAGAGGAUCAUUCCAAUAACAUUCCCGCGACGAACGAUGGCGGAAAUGGCAAGGAGGAGAUGAAGAUCAAAACUGAGGCUUCUGCCUACGGACAAGGUGAUUGA